AUGGCAGGCACGCGCAAUCUCCUGUCCUUUGCAGGUAGGAAUGCGCUGCGAAAAUAUCGGGCACAGAACGGACCUUCAUUCCUCGACUCUCUCGCACCCGCGUCAACAAGAUCAAAAAGCACAAAUUCCACCUCUGCGCUGGCCUACAAGGCUCUGCACCGAAGAUCUCCCCUUCCUCUUCCCGUGACCGACACCUCGCCUCAGUAUGGUGCCGCCGCAGCAGUCUCCUCCAUUCUCUACGAAACCCCGGUAGCCUCUCAAGCUCCACCGAAGAAACACAUUCUUAACUGCCUGGUUCAGAACGAGCCGGGUGUGCUAUCUCGUGUGUCAGGAAUCUUAGCGGCCAGAGGUUUCAACAUUGAUUCGCUAGUGGUGUGCAACACGGAAGUGGAGGACCUUAGUCGAAUGACUAUUGUAUUGCAAGGCCAAGAUGGCGUCGUGGAACAAGCUCGACGUCAGCUGGAGGACUUGGUGCCCGUUUGGGCAGUGCUGGAUUAUACCUCUGCCGCAUUGGUCCAACGCGAGUUGCUUCUGGCAAAGGUGUCCAUCCUGGGCCCUGAAGUUUAUGAGGAGCUGAUGGAGCAUCAUCGUGAGAUGACCACCCAGGAAUACGAUGAGCCUAACGAGGAAAGCCACGACACCCAUGAGGAAAACGCAGAGAGGAGGUUGCAGGAAUUGGAAGGAAACAAGCAAGACGAAGCGAGCCUUGUGCAGCGAGCAAAGGAAAUGCUCGGUCAAGGCGCCAGCUACCAUCCCAACCGCCUUGCUGCAAGCCAGGCCCUUCGUCACAAGCAUGAGCACCUUGAAGCCAUCACUCACUUGACGCAUCAAUUCGGUGGAAAGGUGCUUGACAUUAGCACGAACAACUGCGUUGUCGAAGUGUCCGCAAAGCCGAGCAGAAUCGAUUCCUUCAUGAAACUGAUUGCUCCAUUUGGCAUACUCGAAUCAACACGAACCGGUCUCAUGGCGCUCCCCCGCUCACCUUUGUACGGACCGAACGAGGAUCUGCAGCGGGAAGCUGAUGAGGUUGUUGAUGCUAGCACACUACCUCCGGGUUAA